UUGCUGCUCACCAGAAUAGAAAUUUCAGACGUCUUAUCAUCGUUAGGAGUCUUUCUCAUGUUCUUCUCAAUGUACUUAUUCAUGACUGUCCCGACGAAACUGUCUUCAUUCUCUCGAUUUGUCAUACAUGGACAUGACUUAACAACUGGGUUCGCCCAACUCUACAUGACCAUUGGUAUGCAAACCUACGUUAUCUUACCAUGUGCCAGUUUGUACAACACGGGAUUUCUUACUCGUUUUGAAAUCAUCAGUACUAUAAACCAACUUUGGAUUAUGGUUGUUCUGUUUUUAAGUAGCUCAAUGUUCUCUCUUCUCCUCGGCAUUCAUCGUGCGUUCGCCGUUUCUAUGAGCUACUUCAUCCACUGGCUGCUGCAGAUUAUAUGUGUAGCUGCUGUUGGUCUCCGGUUGAAAGAUUCUGGCGAGAGAGGUCGUAUUGCAUGUAUAGAGAAGGUUACAGAAUAUCCCGUAGAGAUGGAUACCAUGCAGGGCGGAGCUGUCGAGUUGGUCGGGGUGGGCGUUCCUUGUUUCAUUCUUGUUUCUUGUGCCAUUUUCAAUAUGGGUAACCUUGUCGUCGCUCAUUUUUCAAUACUUUUAUUAUGCAUUUAUCCAAUAUCUGGUCCUUACUAUGUGUUGAUGUCCAACUCAGACUACAACAAGAGGGUGAACGAGAUCAAGGAGAAUGUCUGUUCUAAGCUCUGUUUCUUCCGUUCCGCUAGAAAGGUGACCUCAGUACACAGUGCUAAAACCAUAACUUUGUAG